AUAAUAUAACUACUAUAUGUAAGGAAUCCCCAUUUUCAGGGGCGUAUAAAUAUUUGUUGAGGUGCCCUGCUGUAUAGUAAAUAUUAUUUGCGUGUGCGCUUUAAUCGAGAAGAGGGACCUCCAGAUCAGACUCGCGUUUCACGAUUUAAAAAAAAAUGGAGAGCCAUCAGAGGCUAGAUUUGGAUAAACCCCUUUGGGAUCUUAAUACAUUUGUUGGUCGAUGGAAACAUUUUGCAUGGAUGACUGAUUUUAGAACAUGUAUUGCUUCUGAUAAGGAUCUUUUAGCAGCUAAGAAAUUGUGCGAAGAUUAUAGGUUGGGCGCAGAGCCAACGGGCACAACCCGAGAUCAAGUGAUCUAUGCAAAAAAAUUAUACGAAUCUGCUUUUCAUCCAGAUACUGGUGAAUUGCAAAAUGUUUUUGGCCGAAUGUCCUUUCAAGUUCCAGGAGGUAUGGCAAUUACUGGUGCUAUGCUGCAAUUUUAUAGGACGACAACGGCUGUUGUAUUUUGGCAAUGGGUCAAUCAAUCGUUUAAUGCCCUAGUGAAUUAUACCAAUAGAAAUGCAAAUAGUCCCAUUUCCACAGUUCAAUUGGGCUUAGCUUAUGCAAGUGCAACAACAGCUGCCAUGGUCACUGCAAUUGGUUGCAAAACAUUUUGGGGAAAACGAGCGAAUCCUCUUUUUGCAAGAUACGUUCCAUUUGCUGCCGUGGCUGCUGCAAAUUGUGUCAAUAUUCCUCUGAUGAGACAGACGGAGAUUGGGGGUGGAAUUGAACUAACCGAUGAUGAUGGAAAAAAACUUACACGAUCAAAGAUUGCAGCUGCAAAAGGCAUCUCUCAAGUUGUCAUCUCAAGGAUCAUCAUGUGUGCUCCAGGAAUGUUGAUCUUACCGCCUAUAAUGGAAAGAUUGGAGAAACAUAAUUGGAUGAAGAAGAUAACUCCACUUCAUGGACCAAUUCAAGUUCUGUUUGUCGGCUGUUUCCUCGUCUUUAUGGUACCAACGGCAUGUGCCCUAUUUCCUCAAAGAUGUUCGAUAUCAACAACUACAUUGAAGAAUUGGGAACCUGAGAAUUAUGAGCUUUUGAAGAAAAAUUGCGAAGGGAAAGAAGUACCAGCUUUCCUCUAUUUCAAUAAAGGAUUGUAAAUUAAUUUUCUAAUGUUUGGAAAAAUUUUAAUGUUCAAGAGUUCUAGAUUUAAAAAGACAGAAAAUAAUAGAAAAAAUCUAUUUUAAUGCUGCCGUUAAAGGUCUUCCAGAAACAAUCAAUCUAAAUAUAAAAACUGAUGAAACUAGUUUAGAUAAAAUAGUCAUCUAUAAAGCACACAAAAAGGGUCAAACUUUAAUUGUUCAAAAAAUAUAUUUUCAAAAAAGUAAGAAUUCAAAAAUCUAAAAUCAAAAUUUAAAAAAUUAUUUUAAUGGAACAAGUAUUUAAUUUAAUUUUAAGUUACUUCACUUUUCAUAAUAGUUUAUUCAGUGAUAACAUUAAUUUACUAUUUUCAAUUUUUCAUUUCAUUCUUUAUUUUCUUUCUUUGCUUCUAUAAAAACAGCUAUAAUACUAAAACAAUAAUUAAAAAUUAAAAUAUAAGUCUGCUCAUAUGUAAAAUUAUUAUCAAAAUAAUUGCGAUGUUUUCAAGAAAGAAAAAACAAUGUAAUGUAAUCGUGGUUGUGUUUAACUGAAAAUUGAUAAAAAAAAAGUUGUGUCAUAUCGGUGUAAACAAUAUCAAUAAUUAGGUAAUGGAUAAAUUUUCGAAAGCAGAAAAAAAUUAUAUUUUAGUACCGUUGAAAAUAAAAACAAGUGAGGUACUGAAAAACA